AGCGCACCAUGCCCGCCUCCGUCAGAUGAAAGUUUGCGCCGCAGCCAUGGAAGGACCGCGCUGAGGCCGCCCCCCGCCAGGAGCCUCUGCCUCAAUGGGUCCAGUCAUGCCUCCCAGCAAGAAGCCGGAGGGCUCAGGAAUCAGCGUUCCCAGCGGACUGAGCCAGCGGUACCAAGAUAGCGAUUUGUCAAAGGCACUUCACGAUGACGAGGACCUAGAUUUCUCUUUGCCUGCCAUCAGAUUAGAUAAAGGGGCCAUGGAAGAUGAAGAACUAACUAACUUGAACUGGUUACACGAGAGCAAGAACUUGCUGAAGAGCUUUGGGGACUCGGUGUUACGAAGCGUCAGCCCCGUUCAGGACAUUGGUGAUGACACGCCUCCGUCCCCCGCCCAUUCGGACAUGCCCUACGAUGCCAAGCAGAACCCCAACUGCAAACCUCCUUACUCCUUUAGCUGCCUCAUAUUUAUGGCCAUCGAGGACUCGCCAACCAAAAGACUGCCUGUAAAGGAUAUAUACAACUGGAUUUUAGAACACUUUCCGUAUUUUGCAAACGCUCCUACUGGAUGGAAAAAUUCUGUAAGGCAUAAUCUGUCCUUGAAUAAGUGUUUUAAGAAAGUGGACAAAGACAGAAGUCAGAGUAUUGGAAAGGGGUCCUUGUGGUGUAUAGACCCAGAAUAUAGACAAAAUCUUAUUCAGGCUUUGAAAAAGACACCCUAUCACCCAUACUCGCAUGUGUUCAAUACACCUCCCACAUCUCCUCAGGCAUAUCAAAGCACAUCAGGUCCACCCAUUUGGCCAGGAAGCACCUUUUUCAAGAGAAAUGGAGCUCUUCUGCAAGAUCCUGACAUUGAUGCUGCCACUGCCAUGAUGCUUUUGAAUACUCCCCCUGAGAUACAAGCAGGUUUUCCUCCAGGAGUGAUACAGAAUGGAGCUCGAGUUCUGAGUAGAGGAAUAUUUCCUGGAGCCAGGCCAUUGCCAAUCAGCCCUAUUGGAAGCAUGGCUGUUGCAGUAAGGAAUGGGAUAACAAACUGCCGGAUGCGGACAGAAAGCGAACAGUCUUGUGGCUCCCCCGUUGUUAGCGGCGACCCAAAGGAGGAUCACAACUACAGCAGUGCCAAAUCUUCCAACCACAGGAGCACAUCACCUGCUAGUGACUCCGUUUCCUCUUCCUCUGCUGAUGACCAGUAUGAAUUUGCAACUAAAGGUAGCCAAGACAGCAGUGAAGGAAGUGAAGUCAGCUUCCAGAGCCAUGAGAGCCAUAGCGAAACAGAAGAGGAGGACAAAAAGCAAAAUCGGAAGGAGACCAAGGAUUCUUUAGCUGACAGUGGGUAUGCAUCCCAGCACAAGAAAAGGCAACAUUUAAUGAAGGCGAAAAAAGUACCAAGUGACACACUGCCUCUUAAAAAGAGACGUACUGAAAAGCCCCCUGAGAGUGACGAUGAGGAGAUGAAAGAAGCAGCGGGAUCCCUCCUGCAUUUAGCGGGAAUUCGAUCCUGUUUGAAUAACAUCACCAAUCGGACGGCAAAGGGGCAGAAAGAGCAAAAGGAAACCACAAAAAAUUAGAACAAAUCAAUGAUUUGUUUGAACUUACAAAGUUUUGUUUCAGCACGUCAGGUGAAUUCUAAUGAUUUGUGGCAAUAUCAGCAAUUUUUCCUUUUUCGUUUUUCUUUCUAUUUGGUUUUAUUUCUUUUCUUUUUUUCUUUUUUUUUUUUUUGGACCCUUAAGAUUUUUAUUUUUAAAGGAGAUUGAAGCCAUAGAACUCAUACUGACACUCAGCUAAUUUACAAAAGCUUUUCAUUAUCCGAAGAGAAAAAGUUAACAACAAAAAAAAAGCCAAAAUCGCCAUUGCUUUCUCCGGCUUGUCAAAAAAUGCAUGGUUGAAUACGCAGUGACAUCAACAUUGUUGUGAUGGGAUAAGAUUGGGCACUUGGAAAUCUCUCUUACACUAGAAGAGAUUGCAUAAUUUAGUAGUCAUUCAGGCCUAGCCCUUAAGAAUUUUUUUAACGGCCUUACAAUUGGGAUGUGAGUGAAUGUGAAGAAAGAGAUUUGGGGGAAAGAGAAGGCGUGUACUUCUCACACCAAACCACAGACCAUCUAGUGGCACUUGGAUUCACCGUGCCAUAGAAGUCUUUGGACAGCCACUGGUGGCAGCUGCGCAUACCGUAAUGCACUUGCAGUGCGUCGCGUACGGUAUGUGGCUCCUAGCGGGAAGACUGGUGACUUUUGGGAAGUUGGAACUGUGUAUGCAACGAGUGAAAUAAUGAAAAGAAAUGGGGGGGAGGGGGUGGUGGCACUGUUAAUAGCAUUGCUAAUCAUUGAAUUAUGUCUUCUAUAUUAAAUUAACUGAAUGUUCAAAAAGCCAUAAGCCCGAAGAUUGGCACUGCGUGCAAAAAAUAAUAGUGUAGGGAAAAACAAGCUGUGUCUUCUAAACUGCCUGAGUGAAAAGCAAUCAAGUCUAAGAAAUUACAGUAGAUAUCAAGUCUAAGAAAAUAAAUCAGAAUCCUUUUGUGUGGAUCAAACAUUUGAUCUAACUGAGGGGAAAAAAGCUACAAAACCUGCCAUUAGUAUUAUUCUGUAAUUUAAAAAAACAACAACAGGAAAGCAUAUUGAUGAACAAUGAAAUGAAGUUCAACAGAACAGCUCCUACACUGCCCUCAGAAGGGAGCUUUGCAGUUAAUGUCAGUCAGGAUUCAUCUGUGCAAAAACCACGGAUUUCCAGAUUCAACCAGCGUAGCCAGCAGAAAACAAAAAAAAGAUCCACACUGCAUGGAUUCCUUUUGGAAGUGGAGGAGCUGGGC